GAGCUUCUAUCCCGCAACGGUGUGAAAUUCGGGGAAGCGGUAUGGUUCAAGGCUGGAUCUCAGAUCUUCAAUGAAGGUGGGCUCGACUACUUGGGCAACCCCAGCUUGAUCCACGCACAGAGCAUUUUAGCCAUUUGGGCUUCCCAAGUAGUUCUAAUGGGAGCCGUCGAGGGAUACCGUAUUGCCGGUGGUCCACUCGGCGAGGUGACCGACCCGAUCUACCCGGGUGGGAGCUUUGACCCGUUGGGACUUGCAGAUGACCCGGAAGCAUUUGCAGAGCUGAAGGUGAAGGAGCUUAAGAAUGGAAGGUUGGCGAUGUUCUCCAUGUUUGGUUUCUUCGUUCAGGCUAUUGUCACCGGAAAAGGUCCAUUGGAGAACCUUGCUGACCAUUUGGCUGACCCAGUCAACAACAAUGCUUGGGCUUACGCCACCGACUUUGUUCCUGGAAAAUAAAUCUACAAAAAUGUGACUUUUUUUUUUAACUUUAGCUUUGAGUGUGUGUAUUGUAAUUUUACUAUAGAUUAAAUGACAGGGGAAAUAUGUAUUUUUGUAUUAAAUAUUAUUCCCUUUGCUUUGGAAUA